CUUUCACAAUUCACAACAAAAACUAUUCACCUCAUCAUCAUCAUUUUUACGCCGCCAUUCUACCUUUCUCUUUCACAAAAAGCCGAUUUAAAAAACACAAAACUCCAACAACCCGUAACUAACAUGGACCUCCACAAACCGACCCGAUUCAAAACCCGCAAAUUCCCCACCUCCAAGGCGGAGCGUUUCCUCGGCGUCCCAUCUCACGCGCCGUCACACGAUAAUUCCACUUCCACACCCUUCGAACUCACAGAAGACGAUGUCAUUUUCGGUUUCGACUAUUCACACCCCUCUUCUUCUUCUUCUUCUUCUUCUUCUCCUCUUCCUAUUCCCACCCCCACCACCAUCACCAACCGCCACCGUCACCACCAACACCGUAAGGCUUCCCCCUUAGGUCCACACGAUUCCGUCGGAAUCCUCGCUUCCUUACCGGAAAACGAAGAAUCUUCUUCUUCUUCAAAAGCUCCGACUCCGAUCUCAGUUUCAAUCUCAAAUUCCGUUUCAUCAAAUUCAUCUUCUUCAUCCACCUCCCGACCUAUUCAUGUCGUUCAGAGACCUUCGUCAGAUCGGACUCCAUCGUUUUCAUCUCCGGCGUCGAGUCAAUUUUACCAUUCCGCGCCAGUAAAUGUUCCGAUGAUGUCACCGGAGAUGGCGAAACUCGCGAGACAAUACGAAGAAGAAGAUGCAAGAGCGUUAGUUGAAGAAGAAGAAUUCAGAAACACGAUGCCACCACAUGAAUAUCUUUCUAGACAAGUGGAAUUUUCGCCGAUGAUUUCGUGUUCGUUGUUUGAAGGAGUUGGAAGAACCCUAAAAGGAAGAGAUAUGCGUCAAGUUAGGAAUGCUGUUUUGAGCCAAACAGGUUUCUUUGAUUGAAAAAUUCAAAA